AUGUCCUCCACAACCACACCAAUUUCCCCCACCACAACAACCCCGACCCGAACCGGAUCCUCCGAUGACAUAAUCGACACGACACCGCUUCUUUCAUCUGGACCACAAAAUGAAUCAAAUUCCAACUCUAGCCGCCGAUCCAUCCGCCGUCAAUCCCUCCGCGACGCUGCGAGGUUUCUACGCCGUGCAAGCAGCCGCCGUAUGAUGAGGGAGCCAUCGAUGUUGGUUCGUGAGACGGCGGCGGAGCAGCUGGAGGAGAGGCAGAGUGAUUGGGCGUAUUCGAAGCCUGUGGUGAUUUUGGAUAUCAUUUGGAACUUUGCGUUUGUGGCAGUGGCGGUGGGGGUUUUGAUUUUGAGCAGGAAGGAGAAUCCGGGUAUGCCGUUGAGGUUGUGGAUUUUAGGGUAUGGCUUGCAGUGCGUGUUGCACAUGGUUUGUGUUUGUAUGGAGUAUAGGAGGAGAAGAAGGAGGAGAGUUGCGUUUGGAGGAGGAGGAGAUGGUGGGAUUGGGAGUGAUGGGAAUUCGAGUUCCGGUUCGAGAGGUGAUUACGGAGACUAUGUUAGUUUGGCUCAGUUAGAAGAUGACGGAACUAGUAGUGUUGCGAAGCAUCUGGAAUCUGCAAACACGAUGUUUUCAUUUAUCUGGUGGAUCAUUGGUUUCUACUGGGUGUCUGCUGGUGGCCAAGCUUUGGCACGAGGCUCUCCCCAGCUCUACUGGUUAUGUAUAGUUUUUCUUGGUUUCGACGUGUUCUUUGUCGUUUUUUGUGUUGCUCUGGCAUGUGUCAUUGGCAUUGCUGUGUGCUGCUGUCUUCCUUGUAUUAUUGCAAUCUUAUAUGCUGUUACUGACCAGGAAGGAGCAACCAAAGAAGACAUUGACCAACUCCCGAAAUUCAAAUUUCGAAGGGAUGGUGAUAAUGAUAAGCUUGCUGGUGAUGAACAAGGAUGUUUUGGAGGAAUAAUGACUGAAUGCAGCACAGAUUCUCCAAUCGAACAUGUUCUUUCGGCAGAGGAUGCGGAGUGUUGCAUCUGCCUCUCUGCUUAUGAGGAUGGGGUGGAGCUAAGGCAACUUCCAUGCGGACACCAUUUUCAUUGUGCUUGUGUAGAUAAGUGGCUGUAUAUAAAUGCUACCUGUCCUCUCUGCAAGUACAAUAUCUUGAAAAGUACCAGCCAAGACAGGGAGGAAGUGUAG